CUCGAUUUAAAAAUGUUCUGCUAUAAAGUUUUCAGAUCGCUAUUAUUUAAUUAAAGUGUCAUCACUUUGAUGAUUUCCAGAAAUAUUUGAUCGUUUAGUUUUGCAGACUUCAAAAUGAUGUAAAAAGAAGAAAAAUCCCUUUGGACGAAUGAUUUUUUAAAAAAAAUUCGAGUAAUGAGUUAGAAAGAUGCGAAUUUUCUUCUGUGAUAGAACGGAUCACUCGCAAAACAAUUGCAUCUUGAUAUUUCAAGCUUCACCAAUGAGUAAAAUCUGCUUUUCGUUGCUAGUUUUUAAAAUAUUUGUGUGUGUGUUUCAAGUCGCAGACAGUCUUCACACUAAUGAAUUUGCUGUUCGUAUAGAUGGAGGUGACGAUAUUGCAAGUGAUGUAGCAAAUAAGCUUGGAUUCAUUAACCGUGGCCAGGUUGGAAAUCUCAAGGGAUAUUAUCUUUUUGAGCAUCAUGAAGUUCAAAAGCGCUCAUUAUCGCCCAGUAUACCACACUUCAAACUGCUUCAAAAAGAGCCAUCUGUGAUAUGGGUUGAGCAACAAGAAGUGAAGAAACGAGUCAAGAGAAGCGUAGAAAGCAGUUUUCCUGAUUUUCAAGAUCCACUUUAUUCUGAUCAAUGGUUUCUUCACAAAGGUGGCUUUGGAGGAUAUGACAUGAAUGUUAUCCCUGCUUGGAGAGAAGGCUUUACAGGAAAAGGUGUAGUAAUAAGCAUUUUAGAUGAUGGAAUUCAAGGGAAUCAUCCUGAUUUAGCACAAAACUAUGACAAAGAUGCCAGUUGGGACAUAAAUGAUUCUGAUGAUGAUCCCACUCCAAAGGAUGAUGAUGACAAUAAGCAUGGUACAAGAUGUGCUGGAGAAGUUUCUGCUGUGGCUAAUAAUGAAUUUUGUGGGGUUGGCGUAGCUUAUAAUUCCAGUAUUGGAGGUGUUAGAAUGUUAGAUGGAGCCGUUACUGAUUAUAUUGAAGCUACUGCUUUAAGCUUGAAACCAAAUCAUAUCCAUAUUUAUAGUGCCUCAUGGGGUCCUGAAGAUAAUGGAAAAACUGUAGAUGGUCCAGGUCAAAUGGCAAGAGCUGCAUUUGAAGAUGGCAUAAAAAAGGGGCGUAAUGGCUUAGGAUCAAUUUAUGUUUGGGCUUCAGGAAAUGGUGGACGACACAGUGAUAAUUGCAAUUGUGAUGGUUACACUAAUUCAAUAUAUACUAUAUCAGUAAGCAGUGCUACACAGAGUGGAUUAAAGCCAUGGUAUUUAGAAGAAUGUUCCUCAACUUUAACUACUACAUAUAGUAGUGGGGCUUUAAGCCAUGAUCAAAACAUAGUUACAGUGGACGUUGACUUUUCUUAUUUUGAGGAGCUUCGGAAAGGCAUGAAACCUAACACUUCUAACCUGUGUACGAGAAGUCAUACUGGAACAUCAGCAUCUGCACCAAUUGCAGCAGGUAUCUGUGCACUUGCAUUGGAAGCAAACCCAAGGUUGACAUGGAGAGAUUUGCAACAUCUAAUUGUUUUAACUUCUCAGUAUGAACCAUUGCGUAAUGAAAAGGACUGGGUUACCAAUGGUGUUGAAAGGCAAGUUAGUACAAAAUUUGGCUAUGGAUUGAUGGAUGCUGCAGGAAUGGUUCAAUUAGCCAAAAAAUGGAAAACAGUGCCUAAACAAAAAAAAUGUGUUACUCCUUCUGAUUCUAAUGAAAGCGUAAUUCCUGCUGUUAACGGCGAAAAGCUGGAAACAAGUAUGAGCACUGAUGCAUGUAAGAAUAAAAGAAAUUAUGUGGUUUAUCUUGAGCAUGUUCAAGUUUACAUAACUCUCAGCUUUCAUCCCAGAGGAAAUCUGCAUAUAGUUUUAAUCUCUCCAUCUGGAACAAAAUCUUCUCUUUUGUUGCCGCGACCUCAUGAUAAACAGGACAGUACUUUUAAAGAUUGGCCUUUUAUGUCUGUUCAUUUUUGGGGAGAGAAUCCAAGGGGUACUUGGAAACUUCAUAUUAUCAAUGCUGGAAAUGUAGAAACUACUCUUCCAGGAAAGCUUACAAAUUGGACGCUUGUUUUCUAUGGAACUGAAAAGAAAAUUUUUAAUCCCAGCACUGUGAAAGAGCCAGUAGUUGGAUUAAUAUUGGAUUCAAGUUUAGAGCGAGCUCAUCCUACGCGUGGGUUGAAUAAGAUCACCUCUAGUCGAGAAGUUGGAUGUGCAAAGAGUGAGAAAUUCAAAAUAACUGUAAAUGAACAAAGUGAUUGCACGUCUGAAUGUCCUGUGGAUCAUUAUGGUUCUUUGAAAGAUAAUACCUGUCAUGCUUGUGAUAAAUCAUGUUUAUCAUGUUAUGGACCGUCAUACAACAAUUGCUUGACAUGUCCUGCUAAAUAUUUUUUGCAAAAAAAUAUAUGUGUCAAGUCUUGCCCAGAUAAUUUUUUUUCAGAUGUUAUCAAAAAACAAUGCUAUCCUUGUAUGUCUUCUUGUGCAUCAUGUGAAGAUUCAUAUGAAACAUGCAGCUCUUGUAAGCCUGGAUUAUUUAUGUAUAGCAAAAAUUGCCUUGCAGCAUGCCCAUCUGGAACAUAUCAACAACAAUUUCACUGUAAACCAUGCCAUGGAUCAUGUUCAUCAUGUUAUGGACCAGAUUCAUCUAGCUGUGCAACUUGUGCAAGUGGCUAUGUGCUGCAUAAUAGUACAUGCUUACCAGAGUGUCCAGUAGGAUUUUUUAGUGAUAGAAAUUUAAAAUGUACAAAGUGUCACAGAUCUUGCAAAACAUGCACAGAUGAUUCAUUCUGUACUACAUAUAACUUAAAUUGGGAAUUGAGCUCAUCUGGUCCUGUGUGGAAUUCAGUUUGUCCUCAGGGGUAUUUUGAUGAUGAUUCUGAAAGAUGUGAAGCUUGUUAUCUUGAUUGUGAGCAAUGUUCUGGACCAAGUAUUGAAGACUGUAUAUACUGUGAUAACAACUAUUUAUGGUUUAAUGGUCAGUGUGUCAUGUCAUGCCCUGAUGGAUUUUUUUCUAAAGGAGAUGAAUGCCAUUCUUGUAAUGAGAUGUGUGCAAGAUGUCAACAUGAAGAAAACAACUGCAUAACCUGCAAGAAUAACUUUUUCUUACACCAUGGCAGUUGUUUUCCAUCUUGCCCUUCAGGGUUUUUCAAUAAUGAGCAAGGUUGGUGCGAGAAGUGCCAUUCAUUCUGUCUUGACUGUGUUGGUGGCUCAGAUCAUAACUGUACUUCCUGUUUAUCUGGAUUUUUCCUCUUCAACGGUUCAUGCAUGGAUAAUUGCCCGGAAGGUUUUUUUCCUGUUACUCAUGGAGAUAAUAGUGAAUGCAUGCCUUGUCAUUUUACAUGCACAAGCUGUUAUGGCUUUGGCACUUCAGAUUGUAAAACUUGUUUUCAAAAUUCGACUCAUAAAGAUGGAAUUUGCAUUCCAUGUUUGGAUGGAGAAUUUUAUAAUGAUGUAACCAAAAAUUGUGAAAUUUGUCAUUCAGAAUGUGGUAGAUGUUUUGGUCCACUUGAAAAUGAGUGUAUGUCUUGCCCAGCCCCAUUUCGUCUCCAUGAAGCAAAGCAUAUUUGUUUACCUUGCUGUAUUAAUUCAGAGAGUUCAUCCAAAAAGUCUGAUUGUUGUAUGUGCAGUAACAAUUUAGAUGUAUGUGUUUUAUCUGAUCACCCGAGAAGCAUUGUUGUCAAUAUUCCUUCUGUAGACUAUGAAGUAGAAUUACCUCUUAAGCAUAUUGUUCCCUUUAUCAUAGCAGUAUGUGCUUCUGUUGUCUUAUUGUUUGUAAUGGUUUUUGGAAUUCUUCAAGCACGUUCAGUUGGAUUAUGUCACUUCAAGUUUAGGCGGCCACGAUAUGAACGUGUGCCAAAUCCAAUUACUGCAAAAUUUGAUGCUGAUAUGGAAAAGAUAUCACUUACCAGGGAAGAUCUGGAAGAUGAAGAUGAUAUAUAUGAAAAAGUUUAAUAUUAUUGAUGAAAAAGAUAAUGUUGUGCCUAAUGAUCAAGUGAUUUAUUUAUUUAAUUUAUGUGAUAAUAUUUAUUCAACUUGAACAAAUGUUGAAUCAGAGCUUCAACUGUGUUAUGUGCUGUGUUACUUCAAAAAGGUAGCUAAUGAAUUCUUGUUCAAAACAACGCUUGUUAUAUGGUAUGAUUUUAUUGUAAGAUACUGUUACUGGUUAAAAUAUUUGUAAAUAAUAUUUAAGUAGAUAUAGUUGUUCAUUAUGUGCAUUGUUUUGCACAUUUUAUUGAGAUUAAUUAUUUUUCCUCAUUUAAAAUAGGUAUGCAAAAAAAGGAAUGUCUUAAAUUUAUUUUAAUUGUUCCCUAAGUAAAUAAAUCACUUCCAUCAAGAAAACAUUGAAAUAAUAGUUUUAAUUUUAAAUUGAAUGAAGUGCCUCAAAAUGGAUUAUUUAAAAAAUAUGUUACUUAUUUUUUCCAGUAUUACAAUGCGCUAGUACAGGGUAGGAAUAAAAUGACUUGAGGUGUUAAGAGUCUUCUCUUUCUGUAUCCUGCUAAAUAAACAAAAAUUGCCAUCGUACAAAGCAUACAGUUUUAAUUUUAAGUAGAAAAAAAGUUGAAUGUAAAAAAAGUUGUAGGUAAGGGAGAGAUUGGUACUGUGGUUUAAAAAAAAAAGCCAAAAAAAAAACUGGCAUGAAAAACUUUUUUUCAUAUGAAAAGGGUUUAUAGAAGGCUUAUUUGAAUGCACAAUAAGUAGUUUUAUUAGCAGAGGAAAAAUGCUACUGUUACCCUUAGUGAACUCUCAUUGUUCAAAAAGUGCAUUAUAUUAACCUUUAUAGUAAAUGUUUGAACAAUUUGAAUCUGCAGAAACUCUAGGAGUGUAUCUAGGCUUGGAAUACAAACAAAACUACAAGUAACAAGUUAAUGAAGUUGCAACUGCUGUUGUGAAAAGGAAGUGAGUAAUAGCACUAUCAUCUUUAACAGGUAUCCCAUACUCAGCAGUGAGGGAAGUUUUGCAUAAAAUUUUGAAAUUUUUGCCUUAUAAAAUGUCUCCAAUUUAACUAUCAAUCCUUAAUGACAGCGAAUUUUCUUCCACCUCACCCUUUACAGUGCAUGAUGUAAGAGUUGAACCUUUAUUGCAAUAUUUCAGAAAUGCGCAUGAGCAUAAAACACGUUGUGGUAUUUUAUGCCAACCUUGUACGCAAAAGCUUGUAAAAUAUUCUUAUCACUGGAUUUCAAACUUUUUUCUCGUUGUACUUUGUAAGGUUUCCAUUUUGACCUACAUCCAAGACAAGUGACAUUUUGUAAAAGCACAGGUUUUAAUGUGUGAAUGCAUGAUUGAGCUUCAUAUCAAAAUUCGUUGUCUUCUUUUAUUACUAGGACAUCUUUUUUCUCCUUAUCUCAUUAUUAUUGAAGUGUUAAGUUUUAUUUGAAAAUGUGUUUAAUGUUUUCUUAUCAUCUCUGUUUUUUACAAUUUUAUCUGAGUAGUUAAGCAAGCAUGGUAAUAAAAUUUCCAUACAACAGUAAGUGUGUAUGUGAAUGGCAUUUCAUUUAGUAAUAAUUUUGCAUUGUUGAGUAAACCUAGUUGUUUUAACUGUAUUUGAUCCUUUUUUUUUAUAACUGCCGACAUGAGGGUCAAUCAAUGGCUAAAGGAGGAGGACUCACAGUGCUCCAUAAAUCACCAAAACUUAUGUGUAUGCACAUACUUGUGUGUAAGUACAGUCAACUCUAGGUAAUUUGAAACCUUUCAACUCCAAUAUUUAUGAUGAAGUUUUUGUUGGGUCCCAAACUCUUGAGAAGGCUGUGAGAACUUCCCAUGACUCGAACUAGCAAUAACUUGAAAGUUUUAGUGAGUCCCUUGGAAUUUUGAGUUAUCGAGAGUUGUCUUUAUGUGUCAUAAGUAACCAGGGCAAUAGUGGUACAGGUGAGUCAUCUUUAUGUGAUGUUUUUGACCAAUUACAUAGAGGAAAUUGCAUCCGAUUCCCCAAGCAGAAAUUCUUUAUCUGACCAAGUUAAAACCUGUAGCAAAAUUAAAUCUCAGAUAUGUAAGAAUAAGGCUGAUAAUCUACUUCUAGUUUGUUUCCACUAUCUACUUUAAUUAUUUACUUCGCAAAAUUCUUGUUAAUUUCAAAUUCUGCUUCACAUUAGUUAAAAAGUGUGACUAAGUAAAACUAAUAAGUGAAACUAAUAUCACUUGUUUAAAUUAAAUCAGUUAUGUUUAUCACCUCUCCCUGUCUCUUUGGGUUUCAGUCCAACCCAAUAUCAUUUUUCUCGGGGGCGUCAUAACACAUACAUAUUUUCUAUGUACUUUUAGACAAAUAUGUAGGUUUUUACCUUUAAAAUUUUAAUUUUAAUGUUUUAUUUCAACAAAUGUAAAAAUUUAAAGCAUGUGGAGAUCUUUUCAUCUUCAAACUAGAGAAUUUCUUUGAACGUUUUAAAACUAAAUAAAAGAACAAAAAAUGAGUUUGAAAAAAAAACAUAACGUGUACAUCCAAAUAGCCUUUAUGAAUGUUGAAGCAAACUGUGCUUCUAGUGAUGGAAAAAGAAAUGUUAGCCAAAAUAUCCUUAAAAUGUAAAACACUUUAUAAAAGCAGAACCAGUGAUCAAAAAGGGUAAAAAAAUAUGUCAAAAGAAAGAGAUAGAAAAAUUUUAAAGUGAAAAGUACCCACAAAAAAGAAAAAUUCUCACACAAAAACCUUCACUUCGAACAAACUACUCCUACUUCAAAAUCGCAAUAAAAACCCCAUAAAAAUGAGGACUUUUAAAAACAUUUUCAACUUCUGUAGAUUACUUAUUUAAUGUUUUUAUCUUAUGUUUCUACAUUCCUGUAAGAAAAUAAAAUACUCUUUAUUAUGUAAAUACUAUUUAUCCAAGCAUCAUGGAAAUACAUCAAUUUCUCAGGAAUGAUGUGCACAAUAAAAUGGCAUCUGUAAAUUUUUUUUAGGGAUCAUCUUAACACAA